CCAUCCACCUCGACGACUCCCUCUGCAGCUGCACGCCCUCACCCUCCCAAACACACCCCACACACACCACACACGCCCCCACGCCACCAUGGGCGGCUUCGACUUCUCCAACCACAACCGCAAUGCCGCCCUCCACGCCCAGGGUGUGCCUCUGCCCAAGGCGACCAGCACCGGAACCACCAUUGUCGGCGCCCUCUUCGACGGCGGCGUGGUGAUUGCCGCAGACACACGAGCCACGAGCGGGCCCAUAGUCGCAGACAAGAACUGCGAGAAACUGCACUACAUCGCCCCGCAGAUCUGGUGUGCAGGCGCCGGCACCGCCGCCGACACCGAGUUCACCACGGCCAUCAUCUCGUCCAACCUCGAGCUGCACGCCCUCUCCACGGGCCGCAAACCGCGCGUCGUCACCUGCAUGACCAUGCUGAAGCAGCACCUGUUCCGCCACCAGGGCCACAUCGGCGCCUACCUCGUCGUCGCGGGUGUCGACCCCACGGGCGCCCACCUCUUCACCGUCCACGCCCACGGCUCCACCGACAAGCUGCCCUACGUGACCAUGGGCUCGGGCUCGCUGGCCGCCAUGUCCGUCUUCGAGACGCAGUGGAAGCCCGACCUGACGCGCGAGGAGGCCAUCAGCCUGUGUUCAAACGCCAUCGAGGCUGGUAUCUGGAACGAUUUGGGAUCCGGUAGCAACGUCGAUGUCGCCAUCAUCACCGAGGAGAAGACGACGCUCAUGCGCAACCACAAGACGCCCAACACGAGGCAGCCCAAGCAGCGCAACUACAGGUUCGAGCGCGGGACCACGGCCGUGCUCAACGAGAAGAUCAUCACAAAGGAGCAGAUCAGCAACUACGUCACGGUGCACGAGCUGAAGGACGAGUCUGUUACAGCUACGGCCGAGACAAUGGACAUAGACACGUAGGGGGUGGACAUGGGCAAGGAUAUGUAGAGAGAGACGGAAGGUGGAAAAGCGUGGCACAAAAACAUGUACCACGACCCAUGCAGACACUCAAGUAGCCGCAUACAAGGCAAUAUGAUAACGA